CGGACGCCAAGCAACAGGUCCAGGGUCGCUGACACGCCCUACACUUUUGGACACGAUUCUGUUGCGCAAUCUUGGCCUCGAGCAUAGCCAUGUAAUAUUGCCCUUGAAGAGACAAUCAUGGCUACACGGUCGCAAGACGACUUGCACAGGACUGCAAGCUCAGAUGCGGGUACCGACGAACGCACGCUUUACGACCACAGCUCCGACGAAGGCUACGAUGGCAGGCCAUCGGGUGAGCUAUCCCAGAACGACCACGAUAUACUAGACUCGGAAGAUGAGCGCGAAAAGCUCCUCACACAAAACCAGGGGAAGAAAGGCUUCUUGGGCCGCAAAGGCUCAGGUGUCAAGGUUGGGAAAUGGGUCAAGGAGAAGGCGAAAGCGCGCAGGAAAGGCAGCAAGGAGGAGUCCAGCGCCCUCAUGUAUGACAUGGAGGAGGGCACCGGGGCCUCGAGCACCAGCUUCAUACCGAGAAAUUCAGAGAGCGACGAACGACGGUUGCUUGCGAAUGAAUCGCAGCGAAGGGCACGGAGAAAGGGCAUAUACCGUCGGAUAUGCAUAUACAUAGCCAUAGUUGUUCUUUUCGUCGUCCUCCUCGCAACUGCAUACAACCUAUCUACCCCGCAAGAUGUCAAAGACGCUGCCGCCCUGGUAUCGAAUGGUACUUCGCUAUUUGCGCCUACCACAAUCCUCAUAUCUCUCGAUGGCUUUCGCGCCGAUUUUCUGUACCGCAACCUUACGCCCACACUCAAUCAGUUUGUACGAGAGGGCAUAUCGCCCAAGUACAUGCUACCUAGCUUCCCCAGUGUGACCUUUCCAAACCAUUAUACGCUCGCGACUGGCCUGUAUCCUGAAGCGCAUGGGAUUGUAUCCAACACAUUCUGGGACCCAGAGCUCAAGGAGGAGUUCUACUACACACAUCCUGCGCAAAGCCUGCAGUCGCACUGGUGGGGAGGUGAGCCCCUAUGGGUGACGGCAGAGAAACAGAAUGCCCGGGCAGCAGUACAUAUGUGGCCAGGUUCCGAGGCCCACAUUCAGGAUCAGAAAAUUGCAUAUGUUGACAAAUACAACGGUUCGGAAAUUCUAUCCAGGAAAGUAGAUCGUAUCAUGGGUUUACUUGAUCUACCCGGUCCCAAGGAUAUCGGUGCGACUGCACUUACACCUCGACCCCAGCUCAUUGCUGCGUACGUUCCCGACGUAGAUGGUGAUGGUCACACAUAUGGUCCCAACAGUACGGAGAUCCGGGAAACCAUCACACGAGUUGAUACCAUGAUGGGAGACGUUUUCAAAGGCCUCCAGGAGCGAAACCUCACAAACAUUGUCAACGUGGUAGUGGUGUCUGACCACGGCAUGGCAACAACCGAUGCCACUCGUCUUAUUCAACUUGAAGACCUUGUUGACCCUGCAGAGCUCUCGCACACUGAUGGCUGGCCUCUCUACGGUCUCCGGCCCAAAGACCCUUCUGCUGUCCAUCGCAUAUACAAUCAAAUCAAAAACCGUACUGCCGAAAAUCCCAAUAUCGAGGUUUAUCUCCGCGAUGAGAACAUGCCAGAACGAUACCAUUUUAGCAAGAACAAACGCAUAGCUCCGCUCUGGCUAGUACCCAAGACGGGCUGGGCAAUCGUUACGAAAGACCAUUGGGACGUUGAAGAAGGCCUAAAGAAUCACGAGGUCUAUCAUCCUCGGGGUCUACACGGCUACGACCACGAGCACCCGCUUAUGCGCGCCAUUUUCAUAGCUAGAGGCCCAGCAUUCCCGCAUGAACCGGGUAGCCAGAUGGAACCAUUCCAAAACAUCGAACUCUACAACAUAAUCUGCGACUCGAUCAAACUCCAGCCCGCCCCCAACAACGGCACUCUGCGUCUCCCCCUCAAACCAAUCGGUCUGCACAACGACAACAACGAUUCCACAAACACAUCUGAAAACGAAACCCCUGAAGACCCCGUAACCUCCUACACCCUAACCCCCUCAUCCACCCCUUCUUCCUCUUCCUUACACCUCCUCCCCUCCACGAACCUCGCCGCCAUGCCCUCCUCCUCCCUCCUCGACCCCCUCUCCAGCAUCACCUCUUCCGCAUCCGGUCUCGACACGGGAGCUACACUGGAAAACGAAGCUCCGCCUACACGACCUACGCCUCCUAGUACUCCUACUGGGGGUUCAGCGGAUAAAGGAAAAGGGGACGAGGGUAAAGAAGGGGAUGAGGGAGGGGACAAGGAGAAGGGAGAGGAGAGUUGGUGGGAGUGGUUGACGCAUAAGGCGGAUGGGAUUGAGGAGUGGGUUGAUCAGUUUAUUCAGGAUCAUGUUAAGGGGGGGAAUGAUGGUGAGAAGGAUGGGAAGGGGGAGUAGAUUGGGGUUGUUUUUUCUCUCUUCUUGCCCCGCUUUUUUGCUUUCCUUGAAUAGGAAAGGGGUUUUGGUUAGACACGGCGUUUUUCUCUUGGAGCAAAGGAUGGAUAUCAUACAAUUGGUUUGUUUAUUUUUUUGUCUUUCUCUUUUGGUAGCUUCUUUUUUUUCGAUUUUGUUACUUCAUGUAUACCCAAUUACAUACAGGU